GAUUUGCCAGUGUAGAUUUGGAGCUACAGACCAAAUAUACACCUGGUGGUUUUUAUGAUGUGGAUCAGAGAGUUUCAAGGUGGACACAGUUGAUCCCUCCAAGGUGGACACAGUUGAUCCCUCCGUUACCAUAAGAUAAGUUCCUUUCUAGUUUCAGCCACAUAUUUGCAGGUGGAUACGUGGCUGGUUAUUACAGUUACUAGCGGGCGGAAGUAUUGCCUGCAGAUGCUUUCUUGGCAUUUGAGGCUGCUGGACUAGAUUAUAGCAAGGCUGUUAAAGAAACCGGGGGAAGUUCCAAGAAACAAUUCUUGCUCUUCGAGGUGGAAAAGCACCACUAGAGGUCUUUAUUGAAUUCCGAGGUCGUGAACCUUCACCAGAUGCACUGCUCAGGCAGAACGGACUAUUACCAGUCACAGCCUCUGCAUGAUUAAAUAUAUGGUUUUAAAUUUUGGUCCAGGGCUUUGAAUGUGACAUCUUUGAUGGUUUUGUUGCCCUGACAUUUACGACGUAUACACUAGAAUCGUUUAUCAUUCUAAGAUCUUUAAACGUAUAAUUGAAGACAUGCAGUUAUUUAUUGUCCUUGAAGAUUUUUUAUCGGUCAAUUCUAUGCUAAUCUGCGACAGCCACCAUCACCCCGUUCCUUCACCUCCGACCUUCACCAUCCUCUUGCUAGCCAAUCGUCACUCUCAUGAGUCUCAUCUCACCAAUCACCAAGAAGACGAUGCAGAUCUAGCCGCAAGCCUCCUUCGGGACUCCGACCUUGAUAUCUUCUUGCGUCUCAUCAUCAUCACUGCCUCCACCUUCAUCACCGGUAAGUAGAGGGGUUUGGCAGCCACCAGAAAGGGAGGAUCUUUCUUCUCCAAAAAAAUAUCAAGUUGUUGUGAACACCGCCGGUACGCCGGAAUACCGGACGAAAUACCGAAAUUUGACCGAAAUGAGCGAAAUUUGACCGAAACGAAAUUAAGCUUUAUACCGUUU